CUUACCACAGUUGUACUUCUGUUUGAGCAACUGGCCAGUUUAAGUAGAUACUAACUUUGAAGAAGUUCUGUAUUGGCCCCUGGAACUUUGACAGUUCAGCAUACCACAUUGAAAAGGCUUUGUGACUGCUGGGCCAUUGAUGACUGACCGGCAGGUACCCUCCCCAUUGGAAAGCCCCAGAGAUGAGCCAAAUCUACCUUCAGCUGUGGCCAUCCGUUGGCGGCCACGAUGGGCCUCCUGGAACAUUGGUGUGUUUAUCUGCAUUCGAUGUGCUGGAAUCCACAGGAAUCUAGGGGUGCACAUAUCCAGGGUAAAAUCAGUUAACCUCGACCAAUGGACUCAAGAACAGAUUCAGUGCAUGCAAGAGAUGGGGAAUGGAAAAGCAAACCGACUCUAUGAAGCCUAUCUUCCUGAGACUUUUCGGCGUCCUCAAAUAGACCCAGCUGUUGAGGGAUUUAUUCGAGAUAAAUAUGAGAAGAAGAAAUACAUGGACCGAAGUCUGGACAUCAAUGCUUUUAGGAAAGAAAAGGAUGACCAGUGGAAAAGAGGGAGUGAGCCGGCUCCAGAGAAGAAAAUGGAACCUGUUGUCUUUGAGAAAGUGAAAAUGCCACAGAAAAAAGAAGAUCCACAGCUACCUCGGAAAAGUUCCCCGAAAUCCACAGCACCAGUUAUGGAUUUGUUGGGCCUUGAUGCUCCAGUGGCCUGCUGUAUGACAAAUAGUAAGACCAGCAAUACCCUAGAGAAGGAUUUAGAUCUUUUGGCCUCUGUUCCAUCCCCAUCUUCAGUUUCCAGAAAGGUUGUAGGUUCCAUGCCAACUGCAGGGAGCGCUGGCUCUGUUCCUGAAAACCUGAAUCUGUUUCCGGAGCCAGGGAGCAAAUCAGAGGAAGUAGGCAAGAAGCAACUCUCUAAAGACUCCAUCCUUUCGCUGUAUGGAUCACAGACGCCUCAGAUGCCUGCCCAAGCAAUGUUCAUGGCUCCUGCUCAGAUGGCAUAUCCCACAGCCUACCCCAGCUUCCCUGGGGUAACUCCUCCUAACAACAUCAUGGGGAGCAUGAUGCCUCCACCAGUAGGCAUGGUAGCCCAGCCGGGAGCCUCUGGAAUGGUUGCCCCCAUGGCCAUGCCUGCAGGUUAUAUGGGUGGCAUGCAGGCGUCAAUGAUGGGUGUGCCAAAUGGGAUGAUGGCCACCCAGCAGCCUGGCUACAUGGCAGGCAUGGCAGCUAUGCCCCAGACGAUGUAUGGGGUUCAGCCAGCUCAGCAGCUGCAGUGGAACCUUACCCAGAUGACCCAGCAGAUGGCUGGGAUGAACUUCUAUGGAGCCAAUGGCGUGAUGAAUUACGGACAGUCAAUGGGCGGCGGAAACGGACAGGCAGCGAGUCAGACUCUCAGUCCUCAGAUGUGGAAAUAAACGAGACAGCUGUGUGGCCGCCAGUCUCUUCCUCCCCCACGCUCCCCCUUUAUCUCUUUUCCCCACCUCCCUCAUCUACUCUCCUACUCUUUUCCUACCUCUCUGUUUGGUUUAGAAAUUGCUCAAUAAGUCAUUUGGGGUUUGGCAUCCUGCCCGACCCAGCCAUUUCCCAAACACGCAGACCUCUCUGUUGCUUUAUGUUGUUCAUGUCUGAAGCCAUCCCGACACCUCCCCAGCCACAGCCCUUAUUCUAUCCUGCACCAGCACCUUAGAAGUGGUUGGCAGAAGGCACUUAAACUGCAGGGAAAAUGUGCACAUCUUUCAGUAUCCUCCCUUAAAGCCAGACCCCCGUCAGGCCCUCACGAAGGUCUGGAGGUGUUGUGCGUGAGGCAGAGAAGAGGGAGAGCAGAGGUCCUUCACUACGCGUUAAUGAGCUUGUUUCCAAGUGUUUAAACUUUGGACUGGAGAAGAAGGCAUCCUGUUCUAUGAUGUAUAGGAUCAAUCAACUGCAGUCACAUUAAACACAUCUCGGGUCUUGGAUCGGGUUGACCCUAGCCUUGGGGUGAAGCAAGCCCUUCCUUGUGAAGAUGAGCAAAUUUACUACUCCUCUUUCCUCUGAGUUACUUCCCGGGCCUGGGGCUUCAGCGCUCACUGCUUCAGUCACCUUUAUUAGCACCAAAGACUCUGAAGGUCCCACACAAACACACACCCCGCGCCUGCCUCCUGCCCGCCUUCAGCAGGAUCCAGCCCCUUGGCGGGAUACAGAGCUUCGCGUGUGCACUGCUUGUGUGCGUGUGCGUGUGGAUCCGCGUUCCACCCUCUCCCCAUCUGCUCUGGUGUUUAUGUUUUAGGGUUACAACAGAGAGGAGUUAAUUUAUCGACAGCUAAAAGAAAUUGUCAGUUUUUCUUACAGCUUAAACAAAUUGCUAUCUCACUGAUAGCUCCCU